GUCGAGUGAAGCACUGUAUCUGAAAGUGUGUACAUGGGUGAAUUUGAGCAAAGGCAGGUGAAAUGUCAUAGUUGAAAGGGAAACGGGUUCACGGGAGAAGCUGUUAUUUGUAUAGUGUAGCAAGUCAUAUGAAGAGAAGCCUGGAGUCUUUCCUGUACUAGCUAAACUGUUUACAAAGGGGAAGCUGUCGUCCUCUGCCGGCUGCACUGUAUGCAGAUCAUCUGUCAGCAUUACAUUGGGGGAGAAGAAUCAAGGCUGUAAUAAUUAGUCGAAGAAAGGAAAAAUACUGAUUUGGGGUGUUUAAGCAAAAAUAUGCAAGUGAAAAAGGCUGUGAAAUUGUGCUUUUGACAGAUGGAGAAGAUUCAACAAUAUCCUAUUGUUUGGAUGAAGUUAAAAGAAGUGGGUCAAUAAUUCACACCAUUGCUUUGGGGCGAAGUGCUGAUCCGGGUCUAGAGGAACUGGCAGACAUGACAGGAGGUCUGAAAUUUUCUGCGACUGACAGUUUGGAUUCUAACAGCCUCAUAGAUGCGUUUACUGGAAUUUCAUCAUCAGAUGGAAACCUUACUCAGCAAUCUAUUCAGCUUGAAAGUAAAGCACAAAGCAUCAGUACCUUCAAGUGGCUGGAUGGUAUCGUGUCCAUUGAUCCAACUGUGGGAAAUGAUACUUUCUUUGUAGUUACUUGGAGUAUAGCCAUUUAUCCACCAGGGAUAUUACUGAAGGAUCCCAAAGGGAGAAGAUACACUCAUGCAGACUUUACAAUUGAGAACACCAACCUUGGAACAGCUCGACUUAAGAUCAGUGGAACUGCGGAGCCAGGAGACUGGAUUUAUUCUGUUCAGAAUACACACUCAACUGAACAAGUCCUUUCCAUAACAGUCACCACCAGAGCAGCAUCUGAAAAUGUGCCUCCAGUGACUGUGAAGUCCUAUCUGAACAGAGAAAGCAACACCUUUCCUAACCCAAUAGUUAUUUACGCAGAAGUCAGCCAAGGGUUUUUGCCUGUUGUUGGAGCAAAUGUCACGGCAACAAUUGAAUCUGCAUCUGGUAAUACUACAGAGUUAGAGCUUUAUGACAAUGGUUCAGGAGCUGAUAUUCGGAGACAUGAUGGAAUCUACUCAAGAUAUUUCACAAAGUUCAUAGAAAAUGGAAGGUACAACAUUAAAAUACAUGUCCAAGGGAAAGACGACACUGUCAGAAGGGUUCGCAGGCAGAGUCAAGCUCUGUAUAUACCCGGUUAUGUAGAAAAUGGUGUAAUAAAAAUGAACUCGCCAAGACCUGAGCCUAGUGAAGAUGAAACCCAAGCAAACCUAGGAAGUUUUAGCAGAACAGCAUCAGGAGGAUCUUUUGUCAUGUCUGCAGUUCCUCCUGGAGUUCCCAAGGAUGCCUUCCCACCAAGUGCAAUCACUGAUCUUGAGGUAGAACUCAAUGAGGAUGGCGAAUUCCUUUUGUCCUGGACAGCUCCUGGUGACGAUUUUGAUUUAGGAACAGCUGAAAGAUAUGAAAUUAAAAUGAGUGAAAACCCUUUGGAAUUAAGAGAUGCUACUUUUGAUAGUGCCACUUCUGUGAACACGUCUGGCCUGGUACCUGAAGCUGCUGGGACCCAUCAAUCCUUUCAAUAUAAGCCAGAUACUUUCUCAAAAGAAAAUGGCACCUCCAUCUACUUUGCUAUCCGUGCCAUUGAUAACAGCAGCAAUGUGGGAGAAGCAUCUAAUAUCGCUAGAGCAGUUCUGUUACUUGCUGCAUUGCCAAGUACUCCUGCUCUGCCAAGUACUCCUAGCUCAACUAAAACUACACACAAUACUUCCCAUGCUCCAUCUGAUGCUAACACUACACUUUCUAAUAAUGAAAACAAUGACACACUGUUAAAUACGGCCAUCAUAAUUACGAUCACAGUAUGUGUUGCUGUAAUUAUUAUCUGUGCCAUUAUAGGCAUAACAAUAUGUGUUAUAAAAAAGCAAAAAAACAGAUAUCCUGAGACUGGAAUGUAAUCAAAUCCCUGGGGGUGAUUUCCAAUUUUAUUGAUGAGUAUCGAGAAGUGUUUUCCUGUUUGGUGAUUUUGCAUAUGCUUUGGGUUCAAAGUAAAUGUGACAACAUCAGAAUGAAUGAAUGCACAUCAGAAUGAAUCAGAAGCGACUCAAGUUGCUCCUGACACAGAAAAAAAAAAAGAAUGACUUGGCUUUUAAAAGACCUAUAAAUAAGGAAACAAUCAAGAAAAAGGGGGAGGGGAGAAUGGCUGGUGGUCUUUGAAUAAUUCAGUUUUUUGAGUACUUUUAUUUUAGAAACUAAAUAAAUGGAGCUAAUCCCACAA